UUUAUGUUCUGCUGUGACUGUCACAGUAUUUAUUGAUGGGGAUGCUGUUGAAGGCCAAGAAACACGAUUAGUUUGUACCAUUCAAAAAAGUGAUUCUACAAAUACUAAUGAUCCAUUGAUUAGAUGGGUAGAGGUUGUCAAAGGUUCACCUGUCACAAUAGUGGAGUAUCAGGCAGGAUCUGGCCCUGUGUAUGCUGACUAUGCUGAUAGAUUUAGUGUAGAAAGCGAUGGCUCUCAACUUACUCUUGUUAUUGAUAACACGAUGCGAACUGAUGAUGGCACAUGCACAUACCAAUGUGAUGUUAGCGUUCUAAAUGAUCCUCCUUCACCAGCAUCUGGUGCAGUCACAAUAAGUGUUGCAUAUAAACCUGAAUUUGGACUGGCAACCGAAGACACUGUUAGUCAGAAUGAACAGUAUAUUAUUGAAUUUGAAGUUGCAGCUAAUCCUAGUAAUGUCACUUAUCAAUGGACCACUGAUCCUUCUGGAAUUGAAGACACAGACACUAACCCAGCAACUUUUACAGUCAAUAAUGAAUGUUACCAAUAG